AUGGCUACCCUCGCAGCACUCGCAGCUGGCGUCGCAGGCACCACCCUCGCUCUCCGCUUCAGCCUCAGGAGCGCCGCACGCAACGGCGCCCGCCUCAACCCCUUCCUCCAGGCCAUCGCAGGUCAGCCCGGCGCAGGCGGCAAGGACCAGUGGGUCAAGGGCGGCUUUGCCCCUCGCAUGGACCGCAAGGAGGCCACCGAGAUACUCGGCCUGCGGGAAUCUCACAUGACGCUCAACCGCCUCAAGGACGCCCACCGCCGCAUCAUGCUCGCCAACCACCCGGACCGCGGCGGCUCCCCUUACCUCGCCUCGAAAGUCAACGAGGCAAAGGACCUCCUCGAGAAGCAGAUGUCCAAGUAG